GCCGCCAUGGCGGCGUAGCCUCGCCCCCGCCCGCCCCUUCCUCCCCGCUACGGGCGCUGAAGGCGCGGCGGCGGUGCGGCCUAGCGCGGAGGGUGGAUCCCCGGCCUCGCGUAGCGGCUGCUACCCGCGAAGGGCUGCCCUCCCCGGGGCCAUGUCCCUCGUGGCCUACGCCAGCAGCGAGGAGGACAGCGAUGCGGAGGAGCCUGCGGGCGAGGAGGAGGAUGCCGCCGAUUCCCCCCCAGCCGCAGCCGAGCAACCCCCGUCCCGGGGGCUUUUCGCCUCGCUGCCCCCGCCCAGAGCCCCCGCGGUGCCCCCGUCGUUCCUCAUGGGCCCCCCGCCCACUGUGAGCGGCUUCGGCAGCGGCCCGCGGGACCAGGCCGGGACCGAGAGCCCGCCCGAGCCGGCCGCCAGCGGGGAGGGGGCCGCCGAGUCCCUCCGGCCGAGGGGGCUCCUCCUGCCGCCCCCCAGGAAUGCGGCCACCGCCGCCUCCCCCCUCAGCCCGCCCCCCGCUGCCUCCCCCGGGGCGGGUUUGGGCCUCCCCAAGCCAAAGAAGAGGACGGAGCCGGUGCGGAUCGCGGCGCCCGAGCUGCACAAGGGGGAUUCAGAUUCAGAGGAAGAUGAACCAGCAAAGAAGAAAAAUACUCUUCAGGGACGCGGCGAGGGCUCUGGCUUGUCCGCUUUGCUUCCUCAGCCCAAAAACAUGACCGUGAAAGAGACCAAUCGCUUACUCCUGCCCUACGCGUUCUCGAGGAAAGCAGGAGAAAACGCCUCCGACUCCAAGCCUGCCAAGGCCCCAAGCUCUUCCUCCAAAGCCAAACCCGCGCCCAAGCCGGCCGUGCCCACGACUCCGUCCCCGUCGGCGAUCAAAGCCGCGGCCAAGAGCGCGGCGCUGCAGGUAACCAAGCAGAUCACCCAGGAGGAGGAGGACAGCGACGAGGAGGUGCAGCCAGAGAACUACUUCUCCUUGUCCGACAGGAGCGAGCCCAGUGCCGCGGGCGCCGAGCCCUACCUGUACCCCGGCACGGGGGGGUCGGAGGACCCUCCGCCCGGGACAGAGCCGGAGCCCCAGUUCCAGGACGCGGCCGCUAACGCCCCUCUGGAGUUCAAGACGGGUGCGGGCUCCAGCGGAGUUCAGCACAGCUGGGCACCCAAACCCGGCGAGGACUACGGCAGCCACCCCUAUGGCCAGUUCCCCCCUGCCUACGGCGAGCCCGGGGGCUACUACCAGGAUUACUACAGCAGCGGGUACUACCCGGAGGUGGAACCAGCCCAGGCCCCGCCGCAGGAGACGAGCACCGACUCCUCCUUCAUCGACGACGAAGCGUUCAAGCGUCUGCAAGGCAAGCGGAAUCGUGGGAGGGAGGAGAUCAACUUUGUGGACAUCAAAGGUGACGACCAGCUGAGCGGGGCCCAGCAGUGGCUGACCAAAUCUUUGACGGAGGAGAAGACCAUGAAGUCAUUCAGCAAGAAAAAAGGAGAUCAGCCCACAGGACAGCAGAGGAGAAAACACCAGAUCACGUACCUGAUCCAUCAGGCCAAGGAGAGGGAACUGGAACUGAAAAACACAUGGUCUGAAAACAAGCUCAGCAGACGGCAGACUCAAGCCAAAUAUGGAUUCUGACACAUCUGUCCUGCUUUUUGGCUGGCGUCCCGGGUGACCUGCUGUGUCCAGUGUCUCCUGCUCUCCGGGAGAUCAGCCAGGCCCCAGGACGGGGCUGCUCGGUGGGAGGGAGGACACUGCGCUCCCUGGCCUGGCACGAGGAAGGGUCAUUGCAAGCUGGUCCUGAAACUCCACCUGUAAUCCUUCCCCUCCCUCACCGUAAACGAUAAUGUGGAAGGUUCCGAUUAGCCAAGGACGGUCCCAAGGCGCCGCAGGGAACGCGCUGAUGCGAGGCUCCAGCUCCUGUCCUGAGGGAGCAGCCUGUGCCUCCUGACUCCAGACCCUUCAGCAGAGGCUCAAUAAACUCCCAGUUCCCAUUUUGCUCCUCUCUUGGA